AUGCAAGCCAAAAAACUGCCAUUGGUCAGUGACUUACGUGAUGAAUCAGACCAUAAAAACCCAACACGUUUGGUGAUUGUAUUACGUUCAAAUCGUAUCGAUGCCGAUGCAGUCAUGAGUCAUUUAUUUGCGACAACCGAUUUAGAGUCGAGUUAUCGUGUCAAUAUGAACAUGAUCGGUGCUGAUGGUCGUCCGCAAGUCAAAUCAAUCCGUCGCAUUUUAUUAGAAUGGAUUGAAAUUCAUGAAGUGAUCAAAAUUAUUCGUGAAGAAGAUCAGCCUAAACCCGUGUUGAUGAUGCGUUUCAAUAUUGAUGAAGUUCAGGCAGAAGCAAUUUUAGAGCUUAAGUUACGCCAUUUGGCAAAACUUGAAGAAAUGGAAAUGCGCCGUGAGCAAGAAGAACUUGAGGCCAGAGCAGCAGUGAUUCGUGAACAACUUGCAAAUCCAGAGUCAUUAAAAUCUUUGAUUAUCGAAGAACUUAAAGAUGAUGCGAAGAAGUUUGGUGAUGAUCGUCGUUCACCGGUUGUGCAACGUGAAGAAUCACAGGCCAUUAGUGAACAAGAUUUAAUGCCUGCUGAAGCGGUAACGGUGAUCCUUUCUGAGGCGGGUUGGGCUCGUGCAGCCAAAGGUCAUGAUAUUGAUGUUGAAAAAUUAAAUUUCCGUGCCGGUGACCAGUACUUAAGUUCAGCACAAGGUAAGUCGAAUCAGAAAGUAUAUAUUUUAGAUGAAACUGGACGAAGUUAUGCUUUGGCCAUCAAUAGUUUGCCAUCGGCGCGUGGUUUAGGAGAACCGUUGAGUUCAAAACUUUCUCCAGCCAAUGGUGUGGGCUUUAUGCAAGUCCUGAUUGAAGAUGAAGAAAAAGAAAUAGUUGCUGUAAGUUCAAAAGGUUAUGGCUUUAAAUCGCAAGCUAAACAAUUGGAUACCAAUGCCAAAGCAGCUCAGCAGGACGCCUACUUUUAA